ACACACACACACACACACACUGUCCAAAUCUGCGUGCCCAACAACUCUGACUUCCCAGCAUUUAAUUCUGUGACUUCAUCUAGUAAUUAAUAAGAUAUUAUUUAUUUAGUUAACAUUAGUUGAAAUAAAAUGACUGAGCAAUCGGCCCUGCUUCUGCGAAAACAGCUAGCAGAGCUCAACAAAAACCCAGUGGAAGGAUUUUCUGCUGGUCUGAUUGAUGACGACGAUAUCUAUCAGUGGGAGGUUGUAGUAAUCGGCCCUCAAGACACAUUGUUUGAAGGUGGAUUUUUUAAGGCACAUCUCAUUUUCCCUCAUGAUUAUCCACUCCGGCCUCCCAAGAUGAAGUUCAUUACAGAGAUUUGGCAUCCUAAUGUGGCGAAGAACGGAGAUGUGUGCAUUUCCAUCCUACAUGAGCCAGGAGAGGACAAAUUUGGCUACGAGAAACCUGAGGAGCGUUGGCUGCCCAUCCACACUGUAGAGACCAUCAUGAUUAGUGUGAUCUCCAUGUUAGCCGAUCCCAACGGCGACUCGCCAGCCAACGUGGACGCAGCUAAGGAAUGGAGAGAAGACCCCAAUGGCGAGUUCAAGAGGAAAGUCGCCCGCUGUGUGAGGAAAAGCCAGGAGAUGGCAUUCGACUAGUGUUACAUUUGGUACCGCAUACACAAUCAGUUCCCAUCUCCAUAUCUUGAGGUCAAAGACAGAUUUCAGUUUCAGGAUUUAUUUCUGUAUUCAUUUGAAAACCCAUUAGAGGUUCAUAUCAAUCUUACUGAUGGUCGAUCGCAGCGUGGCUAUGCUUGAUCAUGUAAAAAUCCAAUCCAAACUCUUAGCAGCCCUGGUCUCCUAGAUAAAUCAAAUGUUAAUAGGGUUUCACCUUUGUUUUCUUCACCGGUUAUUUGGAGUUGCACCAGAGCAAAGCCACCAUAGGAUGAUUAUUAUUAUCAUUUGUUUUCUAUCUGAAUGCUUGAGUUCCAGCACGUUUUCUUUAAUGUCGGUUUCUCCCCACCCUCUAGUGUGUCUGAAUUAUUUAUUAUCUUAAUUAUGAUGAAAUGUACUGCAUGACUCGCUUUUUUUAUCUGCCACUGAGCCAUCGAUUUUGAACAAAGUCUUUUAUGCAAUUCUGGUGUGUUUUCGUGCGUUUCUGGUACUAGUAGAGGCUGACGGUCAAAAUCUAUGCUGAUUUCCCUCAUGCUCCCUUAUUAAACAAAACCAUAUUACAGAUGAGCCAAUCAAAAGGCCAUCUAUUUCUCUGCUGCCUUAAGUUGUUCUCCUAUCUGAAAGGAAAAUUGUAUUCAGUGAUGUCAAGUCCGUCUCGAUGUCUGUUCAGUUUUUGAGCUGGAAUCCUCCUUUUUGGACAAACCAAAAAAAAAAAGUUCGAUAUUUGCAUGAGAGACAGAGAAUAUUUUUUGUAUAAAUGGUAAGCUCAGAAGCUGUAUUUUUUGUGUAUGUAAAUAUGAUGUAUUGUACCAUAGCUCUAUCGUCGUUUGUUUUGUGACGUUUCCCUUCCACGUGUAGUUUAUAUAGCCUCAUUUUUUGACCGUUCCGUUCACUCUUGUGUUUCUGAAAGCCCCAUCAUGUAAUUUGCUCAUUAAAAUGUAGCAUUUGUCUUAA